CACCCACUCCCUACUCCCUACUGCUGCUGUCAUCACAUCCGAGCCCGCCUUCAUAACACACCCCAUCCACCAAAGCACAAAGUAGCCCUAGGUCGUCCGACUUUAUUCACCACGUCGUCGAUUCAGCUCACUCGCCUGCCCGACGGCAGGCUCGCUCCCAAGCGAACGUACCUCGACAUCACCUGACUCCUCAACAAGCACAACAUUGAAACCCCAUCACAACAUGUGCCUCGCAGAACUCAACUGCGAGUUCUGCCCCUUUUGCGCAGCAUGGAACAUCACUCCGGCCGAGUACCGACUGAUCGGGAACGACGUGACUCCCGCUGUGGGCGGACUCACCCGAGUCCCGUCCCUCACGCUAGCCGCUACCCGUCGCGAGACUCGUAGAGGCACCGUGUCUCGGACCGAAAGCACCAACAACACCAUCACCAUGAUGGCAUCCGAGAAGAACAAGGCCAUGAAUGCAAGGGUCGAAGCGUACUUGAGGGCAGCACCUUCCGAAACGUCUCCACGCCCUGCACCGCUGCAAGAGGUCGACGACGAGAGCGAGUUGGGCAUCACGUCGUCUCCAAGCGACACGGCCAGCGAGGGCCAGGACAGCAUCCGUCAGCCAUCGACGUCUUCGCAGCUCGACCGCCCCAAUUUCUUGAACCGGAUGCGCCAGAGGUCGAGGAGGUUGUCGCGCACCAUCUUCAAGUGAGGCGUCUGUCGCCCGCGCGAUGACGAUGCUCCGGGUUCACCAGCUCUAGUCCUUGAGCAGGCGAAGCAGUGGCUCUCCUACCCUUCUAACCGCCAACCCUCAUCAUCUCGACUCGCAACACUCCA